GCGCGGGGAUACAGGCGUGCGUGGAAGGCGAUGAGAGGAGGCGGAGGAGGAGGAGGAGGAGGAGGAUGAAGAACGAGGAGGGGAGAUGACGGGUAUCUCAGUGAUCCAUGGAUCAGCGGCAUCAAGAGCCCUCUUUUUUGCAGUAGUAUCGUUCGCUGAUGCGUCUAUAUCAAUCCGCGGACGUCUUCGGCGAGGACGACAACCCCGCCCUCUUCCAAACCGGCGACGAGAUGCUGUGCCGUGCUUCCCUUCUGUUGCCGAUUUCCGUCGACGAAACGCGCGGCGGAGUCUCGCGACGGUGUAUUUCACUGCCGCGUUAAAUCUCGAUGCGGGAUGCAUGGGCUGUUGCUGUUCGAGUGCGGUAGGGACGGGAAGGGUCGUGGUAGUUGCUUGUGUGUGGUGGUGAAAAGUGAGAUUUUUGAAGAACUGAAGAAUGCGCGCCAUUUUGAGAGGAGAGGAUGAGCGGUGUUUGAAGUAGAAAGUAGGUGUAGUAGUGUAUGAAGUAGUAAAGAAACCAAACACACGACAGCAAAUAAUCAUAAAUCAGCCUGGCAAUACACACCAACCCCUUUCCCCUUCCUCCUCUCGCCACCAAGCACAUAUCACACCCCCUCCCACUUCCUUUCAAAACGCGCAUUUAAAAACGCGAUUUUGAUCCGGC